UUCGGAACCACAUCUGGGCGCGCGAGCCGAGCCGAGCCGAGCAUCUUUUCUUUUCAAAUUCAGAUUAAACUGAACCGCUGUGGGGGUUUUUUCCUUCACGAGCGGAGAGGAGAAAAGUUCUGAGGGGUAGUUGCUGUGGAGGUGCUGGAUCUGGAGGAGAGAAGGGUGCGUACCGGUGCAGCUGUGCGUAAAAAGGACAUAAUUUGGACAUAUUUUAUGGGCAUCUCGGACAGGAAAAAACAAAUAAUUGGUUUGUUGGAUAAAAAAAAUAGGUGCAAAAUGUGGAUGAAUAAAAGCGCCUGAGCCGAACCYAUUGUGUUUGGAGGAGGUUGAGUUUUCUUACAGGUGGUUUUCACUUUUGUCGCUCUGGAGCUUUUGAUUUUUUAAAAUAUAUUUCCUCUGUCAUUUUCAACUCGUCUGCAUGGAUCCCCAUCAGGACUUGGAUUCUGACAUGAUGGCGAACAUUUCCUCAUAUUUUUGAAAAUUUAUCUUAUUAUUAAUUUCCCCUGCGAGCGGACUCAACAGUUGGACGGAGGAGAGCGCCCAGCCUUUAAAUGAUCAGCUCCGUGUGCGUGUCGACUUACCGAGGGCGCAAGUCAGGAAACAAACCUCCGUCCAAAUCAUGUCUGAAGGAGGAGAUGGCCAGGGGCGAGGACUCGGACAAAAUCAUCAUUAAUGUCGGCGGCACGCGACACGAGACCUACAAGAGCACCCUGAGGACGCUGCCGGGGACGCGUCUGGCGUGGCUGGCCGAGCAGGACUCGCAGGGCAGCUCGGACUCGGACGCCGAGCCCCCGAGCGCCACCGAGUUCUUCUUUGACCGACACCCGGGCAUCUUCGCCUACGUGCUGAACUACUACCGCACCGGCAAGCUGCACUGCCCGGCCGACGUGUGCGGCCCGCUGUUCGAGGAGGAGCUCGCCUUCUGGGGGAUCGAUGAGACGGACGUGGAGCCCUGCUGCUGGAUGACCUACCGGCAGCACCGGGACGCAGAGGAGGCCCUGGAGAUCUUCGAGCCGCCGGACCCGGAGGACACGGACGACGACCGGGAGACGCCGAGGCGGUUCGGCAUCGAGGACUGCAGCGAGAGGUCCGGGGGCUGCUGCGAAGUUUGCCGGCCCAAAGUCUGGGCCUUGUUCGACGACCCUUACUCAUCCAAAGCAGCCAGGGGAGUGGCGCUCAUCUCUCUCUUCUUCAUCCUGCUGUCCAUCACCACCUUCUGCCUGGAGACCCACGAGGCCUUUAACGAGUUGAAGAAUGUUACGGAGAAAGUCUCCACUGACAACGGAACACAAGAAGUACAGCGGCGUGAGAUGGAAACCAACCCCAUCCUGCUCAGGGUGGAAGGCGUGUGUGUGGUGUGGUUCACCCUUGAGUUCUUGGUGCGCAUCAUCUGCUGCCCAAACAAAAUGGUCUUCAUCAAAAACACCCUGAACAUCAUUGACUUUGUGGCCAUUCUGCCGUUCUACCUGGAGUUGUGCUUGAGUGGUUUGACAUCCAAAGCUGCCAGUAAUGUUCUGGGGUUCCUCCGUGUGGUGCGGUUUGUGAGGAUCCUCCGGAUCUUCAAGCUGACGCGCCACUUUGUCGGCCUGCGUGUCCUGGGCCACACGCUGAGGGCCAGUGUCAACGAGUUCCUUCUGCUCAUCAUCUUCUUGGCUCUUGGAGUGCUCAUCUUUGCCACCAUGAUUUACUACGCCGAGCGCAUUGGCGCCGAUCCCGCCGACCCCACCAUGUCCAACCAUACGCACUUCAAGAACAUCCCCAUUAGCUUCUGGUGGGCAGUGGUCACCAUGACCACGCUGGGUUAUGGGGACAUGUAUCCAAAGACAUGGCUGGGCAUGAUGGUGGGGGCGCUGUGYGCGCUGGCCGGGGUGCUGACCAUCGCCAUGCCCGUUCCUGUCAUCGUCAAUAACUUUGGCAUGUACUACUCGCUGGCUAUGGCGAAGCAGAAGCUGCCCAAGAAAAAGAAGAAGCACACGCAGAACCUGGAAGCCCCGACYGACUCGGCCUCGUUUGUCAAAUCAGAAACAAACUCGCACAUAGAYAGCACUCAGAGCGACACGUGUCCGCUGGCUGCAGAGGAGAGCACCAGCAGGAAUCGCUCAGACUCCAAGCAGAAUGGGGAUGCAAAUGUGGCCCUUUCGGACGAAGAAGGCUGCAGUCUGACCCAGCCGCUGUCCCCCAGUGAGAAGUGGUCCUUGCGGUGCUCCCGAGGGCGAGGCAAGAAUAAGAAAGAGGCCACCUGCUUCCUCCUAACAUCUGGAGAUCCCACCGUCCAUGUUGAGAGCUGUAAAGACAUCCCCAGCACCUCUGGAAACUUUUCUCAGCCAGAGGUCACCACUCUGACCUGACGAUGACGAAGAUUUGCUUCUGAAAGAGGAAAAGAUUUAAAGUCUGCUGUGGAGUUUAACAAUGGACUGCAGAAUUCUUGUGAUUCAGGAUGAAUUAUUGCUCUUCUUGUUUGUUUUUUUAAACCCGUGGAACAUGAAGUUCUGCAGCWGAUACUCAUUUACAUUUUGCAUGUAUGCAUGAUCCAUGAUCCAUCAUUCUAUAAUGUAGUCGUAAAAAUCUGGUGGACACUCAUAUGUUUGACAUUCAGUGGACACAAAAGACAUUUUUCUCAGUUAUCAGUUUGUUGUGUUCAAUGAGCUCCACCAUGAAUACUUACAAUUUUCUUUUAAAGUUGGAAAAUAUUAUCUUACUUUGAAUUAAAGGUGUUUUAUUUAUUCCAAGCUGCAAACUGAGAAGCCAGUAUAACUUAAUUAUUGCACAUUAAUAAACACAUAUUUGACAAAAGCUAAAGAUAAAACCUUUUAUUUAAAAACUCAGCCACAUGAACUUUGAUUCUAUCUGUCCAUAUUUUAAGAACAGGCAGAUUUGAAAAUACAUAUGUUGAUUUUAAAAGGAUCAGAGUCUGAUGACAGUUAAUGUGAWAUGAUGGCCUGAUGAUGCACAUAAUCUGGGUCUGAACAAGGAACCCAAUAAUAAUCCCAAUUUUGUUUAAAUGUGUUAGUAAGCAGUUUUUUGUAACUACGACACAUCAUCACUAAGAAUAAAAUCCAUAGAUGUUGUUGGGYAAAGUUCAGAUUUUCUGUGCCUUUUAGUUUUUGAUAAACUGAAUGUUGCUCAACCAAAACCUUGUAAAYGCUUAAAUAGGAGAGUUUAACAUAAAGCAGUUGUGUAGUAUUGUCAGGUUAUUAGAUCAGUUGUGAACAGCUGAUGCAUCAUUAAUGGUUGAUUCUGGACUAAAAUGCAGAUUUUAUCAGAUUAUUUUUUAGUACAUGUUGGUAAAAAUAAAUCCACCACRAAGCCAUCAGUUCCACUUUGUGAAUAAUGAUGUUUAAAUGUCUGCAGUAAUGUMAUUUAUUUUUGUUUCUUAUUGCUCUCGCUUAACAUGAACCUGUAAAAAAAAUCCCAGGAGAAGCAGAAUUCUUGUUAAUUUAUGACAUAAUAUUUUCCUCCUGUCCUACCAUAGUGGCCUUAUGUGUGAAAAACUAAAGGGAAUUUAUGUUGUUGUCURCAGACUGUUUCUGCACCGAAGCUAUUGUUUGUUUUUGUGUAUAAACACAGUUGACGUAUGUAGCACAGGACAAUAAUGUGGCUCAUUAAACUCUUACAAACAACA